UUGUCGACCGCCGCGAUACUUCGGAGCUGGCAUCCAAGGAUUCCUGAUUGUUUUCAUCUGUUCCCAGACCUUUCAAUCUCGAACAAAAUGGUUCAUGAGUUCGCCAAAGUGCCAGGAGUGCGGAAUACUUGCCUUCAAAGUGCAGAUGCUUUAUCGGUCGACGACCCAACCCACGACCACACCUAGUAUCAGCAUUUUGAGAUAAAUGGCUGACUAAAGUAAAUAUCCUGAACAUUCGACCAAGUUCUUAUGGCAGGUAAAGGAGAAAAUGUCGAAUCGAAUACAGGCCCUUCUGUUGCUAGUCGUGAUCAUCAAAAUGUAGAGAUCGAAAGAAAAUUCACUGUGUCUGUGGACACAGAAACCAAACUUACACAGUCAGGGGGAACAUGUGUUCUGGUGGAGACCAUGAAAGAUUCGUACUUUGAUUCGGACCAACUCAUUUUAACCAUGGCAGACCACUGGCUAAGACGUCGGAAUGGUAAGUGGGAACUGAAGGUACCACUCUCUGGUUGGCCUACAAACAAGUACAACGCUUCCGAGACAUGCACAAAGUAUUCAGAAAUAACUAAUGAACAAGAAAUAGUUGCGAAUUUGUGCGCAAUUAUUAAUGCAAAGACAGAUGUCGACAAGCAUGACAAGAUGACCCACUCUUCGGAAGAGGAAACACAUUCUGCCAAGGAGGAUCUGAGUCUCGAGAAGUGUCUCAUCGAGAAUGCAUUGAUGCCAUUUGCCCAAUUCACAACCUACCGUAAGACGUACUCAAUGGGUGGAGGCAUUCUUGUUGUAGUGGACCAGACUGAUUUUGGGUACAGUGUGGGUGAAAUUGAAAUGAUGACUGGACCAUCCCCAGCAGACCUCCUUGCAGCUGAGGCGAAAAUUGAGGAGAUGGCGGAGAAACUAGGUUUGGGGACGCAGACAGUUGCAGCGGGAAAGAUGAGUAUGUUCCUGAAGAAGUUUGCUGAGCCACACUACCAGGCACUCCUUGCAGCAGGAGUAUUGCAAAGGCAAAUCUUCAUUACAUUGACAAAUCUUGGCGGAGUGAGGUGCUGGUAGCAAUUCUGGGCCCAGUGCUUGUUUCGCCUGUUGAAUUCGUCCAACAAUCCACACGCUAGCAGCCACUGGAUUUUGAUAAAAAUUGGAUCGCUAAGCCUCAUUCAACAUCACGUACCCUUGAGGUGUGCGCACAGCUUCGCCUUAAACACGUAUUCUGCAUGUCCAUGAUUUAUCUUUGUGAACUCCUCAUUAAAUACCUCUGUGACUUGGAAUUGCCUUGAAGAGAUGGAAAGAUAUCGAACACGCGCUAAUCACACUUACACUCCUCUUUGCCUGGGUUGCCAAGGAAACCGAGGAUUAAACUGCACUCACUUAGCUGGAGGAAAGAAAAGGCGUUAAAAUUUUCAUGCAGAACUGAUAAAGGUGAAAGGGUAACAAAGAGUACACUACGCAUGAAAUUGGUUGUUUGGUUUUAAGCGUUGGUGAUGGGUGAUUUCAAGAAAAUUCACAGCUAACACAAGUGUAUGUGAGUGAUGGACUGCUUUUUUUCUGGCACUCGUACUUUGGUGAUUAAAUUGUAAACAAGUGCCAGUGCUGUUAUUUUAAGCAUUUUGAUGAAUAAGGGCACUGCUAUCAUACACAUUAAAAAUGCUAGUUGUAAGAUAUAUGUAUAAAUCCCCCCCCCCAAGGUUUUGGUAAAUAGGUGUAAAAUGUAAGAUCAUUCAAAGUCAGGUUUUUCCAUUCAAUGUGUGAUGAGAGAUUUAAUCAAGUAAAAGUUUCAGAAUAUUAAUGAAGUUCCAUUUGUGCUCUUGUUAAAAUAAUUUAAUAAACUGUGAAAUUUUUUACAGAUAAACAUCACAGAUCAGUCAUGUUCACUUCAGAUGCAUGGAGCUACAUCUUAUAUGAAUGGGGGUGGUAAAACGCAACACAAAAAAUACAUGAAUGAGAAAACGAGAAUGCAAAAAUUAGCAUAAUACUUAGCACUUAAAAUAGUGUUUCAGGUACACAUACAGCAAAACUUAAGUAGAUCAAUUAUGAAGUAAAUUACAAAGGCUGACAGGUCAGGUGGGGGGGGUGAACUCUUUGACAAAAGUUCUUGUUCCCAUUUCAUGGUGAGAAUUUCGGAUUAUUUCACCAGGCAGAUUGUUCCGCAUUGGGAUGAUGGCAGGUAAAAAGGACCAGUUAUAGGGACCAGUCAAAGGGACCACUGAUCUUCCAAUAAGACAGUUACCGUCGGAUUCUGUAAACUUCAUUCAAGGCAAAUUUAUAUAUGUACCAGUGAUUCCCUGGGCCUUGAAAUAAUGCUUGCUUCAUUAGACUUAUAAUGUGUCACCAAGUUCAACUCCAACCCCCAAUUCCAUCUUGAGUGAUUAUCUGAAAUGCUUGCCAUACUGGUUCACAUCCUCUGCCUUUUACAAAAAGGAAGAUAGAUAAGAGAUGCUCCACCAGCAUUUUUUGGUGCUGUGGCCAGUAUUAAUUUCUCCAAAUGAGUUUUUAUCCACUGGUUUUGUGGUGACGAUAAUGGAGGCGUACCAUGGCGGAAAUUUGAAUGCACGCAUGAAUUAAACCGACCAUCACCUGUGACAAAUUUAUUGAUACUUCUGUGCGGCCUCGGGUGUGUUUGCAAUUGAUUACAGCCUACUGGCAUGAGGGUUUGGCAUCUUUAAAAAAAGAGAAAGAAUUGGUACAUUCAGCAGAAUAUCUUGGGAGCAGCUGGUAUUAAACGAUCACAUUUUGAGAUCGCCUCCAAUUUCAGUCCACCCCAUACCCCUAAAUCCGCUGUACAUCCCCCCAAAGUGCUUUUCCCUGGUGCCAAAUGACCUCUUUGACGAGUGCAUUAGUUUAGCCAGUGACUCCUUAAUUCCAAUACGAUAAUACCCUCUUUACAGGCUGCUGUUUCUGUUUGGGGUGUGUCUGUCUGCAGCUACAUGCCUGGAGGUUGGGCUUUUGUGCAGAAUGCCCAUGCUUCACUGGCUUUUUUGGUAUUUUACAAGUUUUUGAAAAUGUCUACAUGUAAGUUAAGCAGUUUUAAGUACUCUUUUAAAACUGUUAAUCAAGAGCAGCGUCCCAUUCUGAGAAUCAGCAUUCAAUGAAGGGGACUGCAGUUCAUGAGAGCACAUGCUGAGAUGCAUUUCUCUCUGAAGAUAUCAGUUUUACUUAUUCUGUUGCAACUUGGUUGUAUGCAGCCCGCACAAUGUGCUCAGACAGAAAGACCAUGUCUUUACCUGUUCCUGUAGUAGGCUGGUGCCAUCUAUUAUCACGAUAUCUAUGGAAUAAUUUAAAGCAAUGAUUUAACAACUCUAAAUUUUUCCACGAAUUCCUGGAAUAUACAACCUUUCAAGUUUACUGGUUUUGUUUUGUCUUUUAUUCGACCAUUGUAAAGUUUUUGUGAUGAAUAAAUCUGGAGCCCUUUUUAAAGGACUUCCAAACACUCAGGGGCUAAUUUCCAACUUUGCGAGAAGUAUUUGUAGCGUAGCAGUUGACAAGUAUGUUGCCACGGCUGGUACAAAGUAUGUCCCUUUAAGCUGCAGGGCUGUCGCUUUCUGGGCCAACGAGCCCCCCUCUCUUUUCAACCUCUCUCCUCAUUUGUGACAUGGAUUUCUAAUUCAGCUGGCAGGAGCCCUCCAUCAGCGAUGAUUACGCAGGACGAUGAUAUGCCACGAGGAGAGAAGACAUGAACCACAAACAUGAAAGGGGGGGGGCUGAGAAAUCUGAUCACUCUUGCAAAACAUGGGAGAUUAGCAGGAUUAUGCCGCACUUUUAAAAACACACGAGAGAAAAAUGGAGUCUAGAGGAAGAUUGUUGCUUCUCAAUUUGCUGUCUUGACCCGCAUAUCUCCAGUGCCAUGCCUAUUUGCAUAUGGAUGGCUGUCUCUGAAUAUCAAAGUGCUCAGAAGUUAACGCUCUUAUAUAUUUACUGAAUUAUAUACUGCAGUGGCUUUUAUUGCAAAGGUUUUUGAAAUCUGUCAGACUUGUUUCCGGGGGUUUGUGCGUGUGGAUGGGGGGGGUCUGAGGUGGUAGCAGGAGAUUACCACAGAGGUUGACCAAACCUGAUAAACACAAGCAAAACAUGGUGCCAACAGUUUAUCAAUGUAGUUAAUUGGCAGUUCUAAUCAGACAUUUUUACAUUUUGACUUAGCAACUACAUGUAGAUUGAGCAAAGUUGACAGCUGACAAGGUUGAAAUGCUUAUGAAGAGCAUCCCCUGCACUGUUACCAUCUAAUUUGCAACUUGUUUGUGUGGAAAUCUGUGCUUGUCUUGACAGUUAGCAAAACUUACAGGUAAAAAAAAAUACAGUGUCAUUUUACUUUGCACACCUCAAACCUCCCACACAAAGUACACUUAAGAUUCAAUUUCAUUAUUUGAGAUCUCGUCUUAUAGUUUGGCCCACUUUCUUCUUUUCUUUUAUUUCCUUCAUCUAAACCUUUUUUCCUCGUUCUCUUGUCUCUGAGUACAUUAAGAGGAUUAGUGUUUUCGCACUAUGAGGCGAUACUUUGUUACUCUCUGGGCUUUUCAGGGAAUCAGGCUGAAGAUCUGUCCCGGGUAUCUCAUUUUAGAAUCUGUUCAUUUGGGGCUGAUUAAUUGCACAGCCUACAAGUGCGCCUGCUGCCGUGGCAUUGUGGACUCUCCAGAAAUCGGCUGCGUCUCGGGUUACUGCCAUCCAGGGACUCGGAUCACAAUAAUCAAAAUCUUUACAAUCUGAGAUGGGAAAAAAGUGCAGGAUCGAUGGCCGCAUGUAGGACAGAGAAUGUAGGUCGUUUGGUCAGUAACCCCCCUCGUGUGGUGCUGAAUUCAAUACAACUGUC